AUGAGUGGGUUGGUAAAGUUGCAUAUAGAGGAAGAGGAAGACUUUUGGAAUAUCUAUAAUUUGGUGGCGGUAGGCGAUCGAUUGACAUCGACUACGAUUAGAAAGGUUCAGAAGGAGACGGCUACCGGCUCGGUGAGUAGCGAACGUCAACGUAUCACGAUAACGAUCAGCGUCGAGAAGAUCGAUUACGAGACGACAUCGAAUCUCCUGCGUAUAUCGGGUCCGGUCUGCGAGGAGAACCGUGUCGUUAAGAUGGGUGCCUACCACACGAUCGAUCUCGAGAUGAACCGUGACUUUACGCUGUUCAAAGACGAGUGGGAUACGGUGUCGUUGGAACUCGUAAAGAAUGCCUCUGACAUUACACAGCGUGCCGACGUCGCUGCGCUGAUAAUGAACGAAGGUCUAGCCAAUCUCUGUCUUAUCACAUCGUCGAUGACCGUUGUCAAGGGUCGUAUUGACGUGCCCGUACCACGCAAGGGUCGUUCCUCGUCGGACAACCACCAAAAGGGUUUGGAGAAUUUCUUUAAUCUCAUACUUCAAUCGAUAAUGCGUAACAUUAACUUUGAAGUUGUUAAAUGUUUUAUUAUUGCAUCACCUGCAUUCGUAAAGGAUAAAUUCUAUCAAUAUAUGAUUGAACAAUCAACAAAGAAUGAAAUGUAUAAAGAUAUUAAAUUGAAUAAAUCAAAGUUUAUUCUUGCACACUCGUCGUCUGGACACCGAUAUUCGUUGAAGGAGGUGUUGUCCGAACCAACUGUACAGAAUCAAUUGACCAAUACAAAGGCAGCAAGCGAAAUCAAAGUGCUGAAUUCAUUUUAUGAUAUGCUAAAGAAGGAUCCAAACCGUGCAUUCUACGGCUUUGAUCACGUCAAGAAGGCAAACGACAGACUGGCCAUCGAAACCUUGUUGGUUACCGACGACUUUUUCAGAGGCAAAGAUGUAAGAACAAGAAGAAAAUAUGUAGAUUUAGUACAAUCAGUCAAGGAAAACAAUGGUGAAGUAAAGAUAUUCUCUGGUUUACAUGUUACUGGUGAACAAUUAUCAAAACUAUCAGGUGUAGCAGCUAUACUAAGAUGUCCAAUGGAACUUGAAGACGAAGAAGAAGAAUAUAACGAAGAAGAGGAAGAGGCAGCCAACAAGUGCAAAGGUAAUAAUAUUCUAAGAAGAGAAAAAAAUCAAAUUUGGUCAUUACAUAAUUGGGAAGAAACAUUCUGCGUAGUCAAAUUAUUGUAUUAUUUUGAUGAUUCAAUCAAAAUAGUCUUUGAUGACGAAAUCAAAGGUUGUAGGAUGAUUAAUCAUGAUUCAAAGAGUGGUUCAUCAAACUCUAUAAAUUGGAGAAAUUUUUGA